GAGAGCCCUCCGCGGGGCCUGGCAGGGAUGUGGGGUGCUGCCUGGGCCGAGUGGGGGGCUAGGCUGAUGGGCUUCCCGACCCCAGUGCGGACCCUGCAGGGAGCAGGGGGCUGGUUGGAGCUUCCAGGGUCCUGACUGACAGGCACGUGGGAGGGUCUUAGGAGCGCAAGGGCGCUUGGGACGUCCCGGGGAGCGGAGAGCCCCGCGCAGGGCCUGAUGGGAGUUCGAGCGGGGAACUUGACAGGAGGCGGGUGUGAGGCGAGCAGGUUCCCAUGGAGCGCGAGGCUUGACUGGGCGGCUGAGGGACCGAGGCUUUGGAGAUAUUGCUGUCCCUGAGAAAGUGGAGCCUAAGGAGAGAAGGGGACCGAUUGCGAGCUCACCGAGGGGUCGGUGCAGCCGUGAGCCCAGCACUGGGCCACCACCCAGGAAAGUUUCCGAUACCGUGGUGUAAGGAAGCUGGAUUUGUUCACCACGCCAAAGGUCGCAGCCCGCAUCCCUCCGACGACAAUCAAAGGCAUUUGGUUAUUGUGACCAGACUGUAGUCCAACCAGGCUCCAGAGUCAGGGGCUGGUGGCUUCUUUUCCAAGAGGGAAGAUAUUCUUGUGUUAAGUUACCGCCCACUGGUGAAUUAGUGCACCUUGGAGUACUUGACCUUCCUUAGCCUGCUCUACAUUUACAUUCCAGUUUUCUGUAAUUCGUGCUAUAUACACUUCAAAGGCAGCAUGUGAAUUAGCAAUUUUAAAAUGUGCCCCCAAGUAGAAGUUUUAAAGCCAAGUAAUUUCUUGGAAAUGAAAUCUACUUAACGGUUAUACAGUUACAUAGUUUGGCUAACAUUUUCUUUCAUGUAAAAUAAAAAAUUAUAUAUUCUUUUUAACCUUGAAGUGGGUUAUAGAGUGAAUUGGAAAUAGUACAGGUCUUGGCUUCACGUUUUUAUUUUUAAAUUAUGUGAGAGGAAAGAUUUCAUUUUUCUGAAAACAAAACUUUGAGAGUCAGCAUCUGUAGAAUGCAUUAUUAAACACAAUAUGGCUAAUACACAGCAAGUACCUAGAAAAACUUAAGCAUUUAAUAAAUUAGGGUUAUUAUUAUUAUUAUUAUUAUUAUUAUUAUUAUUAUUAUUAUUAUUUGUACUUAAAUUAGCCAUUCAAUUUGUGUUGGAGAACGGAAGAUUUAGAAUCUUGGGAGAGGUGAUGAAAGUAUUCUAACUUAUUCCAUCAAUAGGUAUAUAAUUCUAUGAAUAUAGUAAAAAAAAAAAGCAUUGAACUUUAGUCUAGGUGGAUAAUCAUAGGUGAACAAUAGCUUAAUAAAAUGUGUCUAAAUACAAGUGAUUUAGAAAACCAUGAAGGUGAAAUGGUGAUAUGUUUGUGACUAAAGUUUACUGAUUUUUAUUUUCGUAUUCUGACAUGACAUCAAAUAGAAUCUGGUGAGUUGGGAUUGAAACCUUAUUGCUAAAACUUUAUGUACUUUUUACAGCUGUUUGUUUUUGAAGGUCUGGUUGCUGGAACACAUAGUCAAGCGGAUAUGAAUGAGUCCAGGCAACAGUCCCUGUUCUUUAUCAUACUUCCAGAUUUACACAAACUCUGUGCUACCCAGAUAAUAUUGAGUAGCAGGGUGGCAGAAAUAGAGAUUAGGAGUAUGCAGAUAAAGAUGUGCAGGUAAAAACUCGUGUCUUCUAACUAAGCCUUUCAACUUUAAAAAUCCCAUUAUAGCUAUUUUAGAGGGAUUUUCUUUAAAACGCUUACUAAACCCGUAUAUAUAUUUUGAAAACAAAGAAUCUAGGUAUGUUAGAUUACAUUUAAAAGAAGACUUAAAAUACUUGAGGUAAAUAUCUCACUGUUGGGCUUUUAUAUUUGUGGCCUCUUUUGUGCUUUAAAAAUUUUGAAUUUUCAGGGCUGGAAAGAUGGUUGAAAGCACUGGAUGCUCUUCCAGAGGACCAGGGUUCAAUUUCCAGAACCCAUAUGAAGCUCACAACUGUCUGAGACUCCAGUUCCAGGGACUAACACCCUCACACAGACAUACAUGCAGGCAAAACACCAACACACAUAAAAUAAAAAAUGAAUUUUAAUUCUCUGUAAGACUUAAUUCAUGAAUUAAAUCAGGCUCCCCCAAAAUAUAUUAAGUAAUGUAUAUUUACUAUAUACUCUUUACAAGGUACUUGAAAAUACUAAAAGAUUAAUAUAAUUUCUGAACUUUCACAUCAAUACAUGACAAUGGAGAAUAUUUCUCUAAGAAUUAUCUUGCAACUCCUAACCCAAGAUAAUCUUUAAGGAAGAGCUCAACUGAAGCCUGAGUAUUAAGGACUCACUUGUAUUAGUUCCUUUAAUUGUUUGAGGUACUCAAAGAAGAACUCAAAACAAAAUUAUAUCUUUAAAUAACUAUCCCAGAGAAGAAUGAAGCCUGUAAGAUUGCUAGGAGCAAUGGUGAAUACCCAUAAUGUCAGCAGUCUGGAGGCUGAGGAACAAGCAUCUCAAGUUAGAGGCAUCCUGAACUAUACAGUAAGAUGGUUGCAAAACAAAACAAAAUGCUAAGGACAGAAAUGGGGAAGACAGUCUGGAGUGCACCCCAUCUUAAAUCCCCAAGUACAUCAGGAAAUCUGUAUCCUUCCUGUUUGGGUGUCAUCUAGUUAUACUUACUACAAAUUACCUCUGACCCCUCUGAAAAGUAACAAAAUAGGUAGAAAAGUGAGAUGUUAGACAAAGUUUCUAGAUAUUUCAGUAACAUACAAGUAUAGAUGGUAGACAAGCUCAAUUUGAAAAUAAUGUAUUUCUUCUCCAUAGGCAGUUGCUCCUUCUGCAUGAAGAUAUUCUUACAGCACCUGUGCCUGGAAUAUUAAACCAAAUUUGGGUAGUGAUGUCGGCCACCACAACUGCUGUGAAGUUGAGUGCAAUGGCCCAGUCACAUCUGGAAGAAACUAUUUCACAGCAGUCCUCUCUGACCUCUGGCUCUUACAAUCUGUUCCUUCCAUGAUGCCCUAUGAGCCUGAGGGGGCAGGGUAGGGAGUAUGACAUAGUUAUCCUAUUUAGGACUGAGAGCUCAUAACCAUUCAUUCUCCACACACAGACUAGCUAUGAGUCUCUGUAUUAAUCACCAUCUACUGCAUAAAGAAGUUCCUCUGGUGAGGACUGAGAGCUGUAUAAUCUAUUGGCAUAGUUAUAUAUUUAGAUAACAAUUUGAUGCCAUGCCCGUCUAGCAAAAUAAUAUCUACUAGUCUUUUAAUACGUAUAUUUCUUUCAUUAAUAGGUUGAAGCCUUUUAAAUUUAAACUUCUUUUUAGGUUCAUUUUCCAUAUUCAUGUCUAAGUAUGUCUUGUAUAUUUAAAAGCUGUCAAGUACUUAUAUGAAAUUUAUUUGCCUUUUGUAUGGCUUGGAGAACAUGUCAAUAUCAAGCAACUUCACCUUGACAAUGUACCUGUCACAGAUCCUCUUGCAGGGAAAAAGUGGUUAUCAUAGUAUCUUUCUUCAAAUGAAUAUAGAAUAGAAAUAUAGAACAAUAGCUGAAAUCUGUGCCCUCUGUUGUAUUUUACUUAAAAUAUUCAUGUAUGACAAUGUUUUGUUAUAUAUAUCUAUGUUAAGUCCUUUUUACAAAUGUAGACUUUCUGUUAUAGAUACCAUUUUUUAAAUCUGGGAGACUUAAUGCCUAUAUUGAAAAAUACGGAGCUAAGGUAUGUGUUUAAGAUAAUAAUAUAGAUGUAAUAUUGUAGAAUAAUAUAUAUUCUACUUCUUUUGUCAGUGUCCUGGUGUGUUUUCUGUUGUUGUGAUAAAACACCAUGACUAAAGAGUAACUUAGGGGAGAAAAGUGUUUGUUGGCUCAUUCUUCCAUAUCACAGUGCAUCAUCCCAGGACACCAGGGCAGGCACUCAAGGCAGGAACUUGGUGGCAGGAACUGAAGCACAGACCACAGAGGAGCUCUGCUUACAGGCCUGCAACAUGGCUCACUCAAUUUGCAGACUUGCCAGAGGCCAAUCUGAUGGAGGCAUUUUCUCAGUUGAGGUUCCCUCUUUGCAGAUGACCUUAGUUUGUGUAGAGUUGCCAAAAAUAAAUAAAUAAGUAACCAAAAUCUAACCAGCAUAGUCAACAAACAAAAUUUGGCUAUCUUUCUCACAAGUUAUUGUUACAGAUGGAAAAAGAACUCAAGAUUCUUCCAAAUAAUUAUUUAAGGACACAGAGAGGGGAAUUAAUGGUUUUUCUCCAUUUUUACAGAGGAAAAAAAAUGAAAUCCUGAGAGAUGGAAUUAUUUCCAUAAUUAUAUAGCUAAUAUAUAGAGAAACAAGAUUAUAAACUAUAUUCUGUAUUCUAAUAGUGAGCUUCUUUAAAGGGAAAAAGUUGGUGUGGGGGUUCACUUUGUGGUUGGAAGGUGUAGCUGAGAAGAACAGCUCACCUAUGUCACCCAGGUGGGAAAGAGGGAGAGAGAGAGAGAGAUUGAGAGAGAGAUUGAGAGAGAGAGAGAGAGAGAGAGAGAGAGAGAGAGAGAGAGAGAGAGAGAGAGAGAGUCUGCACUCUCAGGCUUUCUUCUUUCUCUUUUAGUUCAACCUAGCCUCAGCUCCAGCCUGUGAGGAUGGUACUGCCACAUUCGGACUGGGUCCUAUCCCUCAGCCCUCUUUGGAAAUCUUCAGACACACCCAGAAGCCUGUUUUACUAAUUUCUGAGGCACUUCUCAAAUCAAUCAACUUGACAAUUAAGAUUAAUCGUUAUAGUAAUGGAUCAGUUAACAUUCCUACCAUCAGGAAUUGAACGAAAUAAAUAUCCCCUCCCUUUAGAAACCACUUCUUUGGAGAAAGUCAUGUCUGAUUUUGCUAUUUCUUCCCUAAGUGUUCUAUGAAACUCAUCCAUAGGGCUAUCUGGAACUUAGAUUUUGAAAAAGCUUAGCUAUGAUUUUACUUUAACAGGAAGUAGAGCUAUUAAGUUAUUUCAAGGAUUAUGUCCUUUGCAUUUAAACUCUCAAAUUUGUUUUAAUACAGUUGCUUUGGUAUUCUCUUAUUUUCCUUUGUUAUAAAAUCUGAAGCAAUAUAUCCAUUCUGUUUUCUAAUAUUGAUUAUGUGUGUGAUCUUUUUGAUUCUUUUCUUUUUCUUACUCUGAUCAGUCUGUCUAGAGAGUUGACAAUCAUUAAUAGGCUCAAGGAGGAGGGAUUUGAUUUCAUUGAUUUUCUCUAUUGUUUUACCACAUUGUAUUCCAUUGAUUCCAUCCCCCUACCUUUGGUCUAUAGUUCUCUUCUACUUAGUUUGGUUGGUUUUAUCUUCCUUUUUCUAGUUCCUUAAAAUGAUGACUGAGUCUCUGAGUUAAGAACUUCAUUCCUUUCUAGUACAGAUACAUUCAGUGUUAGACAUGUUCUCUAAGUAGUUGUCUCCUUUAACUUCCUAACACCUGUUACAAAUAGGUUGUGUGGUUUCCAAAUGGGGGCUUCCCAGGGGUCUUUCUGCUGCUGCUUCCUCAUUCAAUUAUUAUUUAGAAAUAUGUUUCAUAAAGCUUUAAUUUUUAAAAAAUAUUGUGUUUUUUAGGGUCCAGAGUAUAAACUACUAUAGAUUUAGUAAAUGUCCCUUGUCAUCUUAACAAGAAUAUGUAUUCUGGUCUUACCAUAGUAUUCAGUAUCCUAUAAAUGUUAAAUUGGUCUCAUUGGAUGAUCAUGAUAAAUCUACUACAUUCUUGUUUUCUGUUUGCUUGUGUCAAUGAUUGCAAUCAGGGUAUCAAAAUCUCUACCUAAAAGUGUGGAUAUCCCAGCAAUUAAUACUGAGAAACAAUUCUUGGCUCUCUCACUUUUCUGCUUGUCUUUCUUACAGAUUCCAGGGCAGAUUUUUCUGGAUUGUAUUCAAUGCUUAUAAAUAAAGCAAACGAACUUGGUUUUCAUUCUAACCUUCAGCAGUUUCCUGACGUGUGUGUUAGUCCUUGCUCAGCAGAAAACUCCCAGACUCUGCUGGCCUGCAGUCUGUUCUCUGCAGUGUUGUCCUCUCAAGCACCUUCUAGCUUCUUGGUCUUCCUGUGGACUCUCAGCUCUGUCUCUUCAAUUCACAGAGAGGAAAAGAGUCUCUCUAGAUUGCCUCUUCCAUGACCACAGCCUGGAAACCCUCUUUUUAUACAAUAAACCAGGGAAAUGUUAUCCUCUAUAGAGGAAAAGCCAACAAGGUGGGCUCUGUGAUUUCCCAGGGCUCAUCUUGUUGGCUUUUCAUCUAUAGAAAAUAACUCUUCUUUGUUCCACAAUGUCCAGUAUUUCAUGAACCACUGUUUCAAAUAACUUGCCCAGGUUUUUUUUUUACAGACUUCAAGUGGGAGAAAUAAAUCCAAUUUCAAUUACUUGGGAGUCAGCAAUGAAAGCUUUAAUAUUAAAUAUUAACUCUGUAUACCUAGAUAUGUACUUUGUUGCAUGUGUGAUUUUGUAAUUAGCCAUUUCUAAAUGUUAAACUACAGGGAACAAAAUGAACAAACCAUAGUAUCAUUCUUGCUUGAGUUCCUCUGUGUGGAGCGGGCUACAUGGUUGAAGACUCAGUACGGUUUAGGCUUAAGCAUAAGCAGGAAAUUUGAGCACGCAGCAUUGCCGCAAUGGCGGCUUCACAAUGAGAACCCUUAAAUUCUUUCACCUUAUAACUAGAUAGUACCAGUUACAGGAGCAGCUACAAUCUUUAUCUAGAAUUGCUUAGUUUAUUGGAUGUUGAUCUGAGACUGCAGACAGUAUCUGAGUUUAUAGACAUGUAGCAAUUGCUCUUAACUUGCCCAUCUUUUCUUUAAUGUUUUAGAUGGAGGCUCCACAGAGAGUAAUUCCUGUAAUUCUUCAAAACUGCCUUUCGUAUUCACUCACUGCUAGACUUGCUCCAGCCUGGAAUAGAGCAGGUCAUCUCUUGGUACAAGGAAGAAAUUUUCUUUCUCAUAUGGGAAAACAAAAUGCUGUUGUAUUAGACAUCAACGUAACAGAAACACAAGUUUGUCUAAGUAUUGAAGUCUAUACAGUCAGAUUGCCACCACCUGAGCUAGAGGAGUUUGAUAUUUCUCAGCAUAUUAUAGAGGAUUUUCAUGCUAACCAGAACGCUGUCAUUGAGAGACAUUCCAUCUUAAGCAACUGGUGCUACAUUCUGCCCAGCAUGAAAAUGGGGCAGAUAAUAAAUUUUCUUCAUACGGCACCGCCUGACUGUCCCUUUCAUUCCUUCAAAGAUUUCCAGAGGCACUGGGAUGACCUGUAUGGCUAUAAACUUCCAGAAGAUUGUGGAGAUAUGAAAAUAUACUGUAGCAUCUAUUUCAAAAUGGUCAAAGAAAGGACCUUCACAUACCCUCUCAGUUGCAUCAGGAGUCAGCCCAUUCAGUUCUUCCCAAGGGUGGAUUUGGAAGGUGUGUUGAAAAGCUUUCUUUCAGAUUUAAAAUCUAAACUGCCGCAUAUAUGUGGAUUCCCCAUAAAGAUGACAAAUAAGCCAUGCUACUACACACAGGAGCUAACCAGACCACAAAAACAGGAAAACAAAGUCAAGCCCCCGAAUCUGACGACUAAGAAACACUUCAGAGCUUCUCUAACUCAGGCCACUUUGCUGAAACCCACAGGGGCUCUGUGUUUAGUCCCACAGCCAACUGCAGCCAACCACAAGGUGGAGCCUUUUGUCAGCCAGCAGUGCUCAGGCUUGUUUUCAGCUGAUCCCUCCCAGCCAGGGUCUCCUCAGGACCGGAAGCCCUCCUGGCCUCUCCAGGCACCACAGCUGCAUUUGGAAGUGUCAAAACUCAACAGAGAUAACACACAAGUUCAACACAAUAAUCUUUGCUCACAAAGUAAGAGAGCCCCGGCAUUCAUACCAGUUUUCAAAAGGAAAUCUGAGCAAGGGAACAAAGACAUCUCAGCACUUGGCAACAUGAAAAGAAAACAGAGCGCUGUUACAGAGCCUACCCUACCGGCACAGAAAACUAGUGUAACCCAGGGAGGCAAACCAAGUUUAGGUUCAGCUACUAGAAAAAGACCAGAUAGUAACACUCAGGUACAGGCUAGGAACUUAAACCAGAAGAGCGUCAGACCUCUGCUAGAGAAGAGCUCUGAGUUCUGUGAGCGCAAGAGGGACCAUCCCUCUUCUGAUGCGAUGCAGACUGUGUACUCCAGUGAAGGUAGACCACUGUCUACUAAUGCCGUGACACAAAUGUCAAGUAACAGCUUAAGGGUGAUAAAAAAUGCUGUUGACAGCCACACCAGCGGAAAACACAAUUUAACAAGCAGAUUUAUAGCACAAAUUUUGGGGAAAAGCCAUGAGUCACUAAAGCUCAAAAGCCAGCCACACAUUUUUGAAUCAGACUUAGAGACUGAAGACUCCCAACUACAGCAGCCACAGCUAGCAAAUCGAAUUAAAGAAGCUGAUGGAGGUGAAUAUGGCCUCACAGUGAGCAAAGCAUCCCACAAGCACAGAGGGAAGUUAUGUCUUGAGUCUUCAAAAUCUGCUACAAAUCUUUGCUCUAAUGCUGCACGUCAUGGGCAACCCGGUUCUUCUAAGAAACAGGUGUCUAGUACAACAAAACCCAAGAAUUCCCUCAGGGUUCCUGAGGCUGAGUACAGUGUGGAACAGAGACUGCCUCCCAGGUCAAAUCUGUGUUACAGCUCACUGAAGAAGGAAGUAUUUGGGCUCAUGGAACAUCCUUGUUCACAACCGGUGCCUUCAGUACAUUCAUCCUGCUCCACUGCUCCCUCAGGGGGCUCAGCGGCUAUCAGCUGGUGACCCCUUCCCUGCACAGCCAGCGUAGAUACAGCCAUACGCUUUGGAAGGAAAGUAUUCCUGGAGCUGGUGAGAUGGUGCAGCGUUAAAAACACCCACUGAGCAAGCCUGAUGACCUGGGUUCCAUCGCUGAAACCCCUGUGGAAGGAGAUGACGACCAACUUCUGCAGGCUGUCCUCGGAUUUCCACACAGGUGCUGUGGCAUGUAUGCAAACUCACAGACGGACAAACACAGAGAGAAAGACACACACACAUGUAUACAUAUGAUAACUAUUAAUUUAAAAAAAUCCUUCAUGGAAAUCUGCACAAUAGUCUCCAAGAAUUUCAGUGUACGUCCCAGGAUCCAUCCAUUUCCCAAGGUCUGCAUUGUUCCUUUUAAAGUACUACAUGAGGUGAAACACCAACAGUGUAUGGACCCGCCCUGCCCCGGGCCCAAUGCCUCCUUCCCUAGCCCCGCAACCACUGACUGUACUUUUAUUUUGCCUUCCCUAUUUUCAAUUCUCAUUUUUCAAUAUUCUCACUCUUUCUUUUUUGAGUCAACUUUUCCAAUGGAGAGAAGCUAUGCAGCUGGUGUCUCCCAAAGUCCAGAGAUCUCUUUUUAAGGUCAGCCAGGAGGUUCUAUGCACCACCUCCACAGAAAUAAACAAUAAAAUAAGUAAUAAUAUGAAAUUGAUCUAAAAGUUAAAGGCUCACAGUCUGAGAACUGCAGCUCUGACUGCAGGAAUUGCAACUUGUUGCUGUGGUGCAAAGAUGUUUAGGCCUAAAAGCUGGGGUCCUGAGAAAACUCCUUCCCCACCACCUUGGUCCCUUUAAAGAAAGAACACGGGUCUCAAUUCAAACCUAAGCCCCUAUCCUUUUGAAGCAAGACACUACCACAAAUUAAAGUCUUUCGUCACUGAAGACAUAGAUAUAUAAAUCUUGGCAUCUGGUAUCACCCUGGGUCAUAGUUUGUUGCCAUUGUUUGAUGGAGAAGAAAAAAACCACAUGUUGACCUGGGAACAUGAGCUAGAUGAUGUGUAGUUCACUUUGCCAUCUUUAAGUAGUUGGAAAUAACUAUUUAAUAAGUAGUUAAAAAUAACCUGAGUCCCAGGGGUGCUUAUCGCUGUGUACUGCUAGCCCCAGGCCCCUCUGCCUUCUUACCGAUGCCAGCUUCUAGGAAGGGGUCCUUCAAGUCAGAUCUCAACACAUCGGAAUGGCAAGUCUGAGACCUGUGGGCCUAGUCUCACCACAGCUGUGUUGCAGCACUAGUUAAUCAUGUUGCACAAUCAGCAACUUCAGCCAUGCCGUGAGCAACAGUCAAAGCCACAGUUGACGGAAAUACAGUGAAGAAAUCCUAAAGUCUGUCUGGACAUGACAUGGCUACUGCUCCCAUCAACUCACGGCAGCCAUAAUUACCCGCCAGCCAAAAUUUCAGCAUGGAUGGGAAGGAGCUCUGGAGGCCCCACCCCUUUGGGGGGAACUAUUGGAGUUAAUGGCUGCUGAGGGAAGGAUAGUCACUCUCCUUUAGAGAGGUGGCUGCCUGCCGGUAGGCUGCUUGUGGCCCAGGAAGUGGCCACACACCAGUGAGCAGAUGGACAGUACUAAUUGUACUCGGUGAGUUAUUAAUAACAAUAAAAAAGGGCAUGAAGUUAGGAGGAAGACAGGCUAAGGAGGCAGUAGGGGGAGAUGGAGAGAGGUAGAGGUGGAUGAAUAUA